UACAAAUACAAUAAGUAGAGUGUGUGAGAAACUGCUCGUCUUCCUAGAGACGCCUCCUCCUCCUUUUGCAAUUACUCUCCAUAUCUUCACGGAAAACUCCGCGUCUGGAGGAUUGGUUGUGGUCAUGGCUGAAAGAGAGAAUCCUGGUGGUCCCUCCAAAAGACAGAAGACUACACAGCAAGAAAGGGCUGUUAGGUGCAGCAACUUGAAGAAAGUUGAGAGUCCGCGUCUACGUUCUAGUUUGUGGCUUGAGGAUGAUGGUACAAGGCUUCCUGGAUUGUGUUUCAAAGAUAGAGAUGAGCUAAAGAAGGCGGUGGACUGGCGCUCCAUCAGAGGGCAGCAUAUAUGUGCUGUAAGAGAGACCGGUGAGGACGAGUUUUCGUUUGAGUGCAUAAGAUGGAAAUGCAAUUGGUCGAUUCGUGCAGUUAGGAUGGAAAAGCACGGACUUUUUGAGAUAACCAAUUGUGACGGUCCAGAUACUUGUAAGCAGCUAGGGAAAUCAUGUCCAGUUUAUUUUGAUGACAAGUUUUUAGCGUAUGAAAUCGAACGUGUGGUCAGUGAGCAUCCCACGCUCACAGUUGCAGAGCUGCACAAGUGGUGGAAUGAAAAGUUCGGCUCUGAGCAAACUUUUCUUACCCAUCUUGAUGAGGAAGGUGAGGAAGUUAGUGAUGCAAGAGGAAAUUUGCAGGACGCGAAAAGGGAAGCUAUCAAAAGACUCUUUGGAGAGUGGGAUCAGAGUUUCAGAUUCAUACCCAAGUUAAUGUCUGCGCUUCACUCUUCUAACGGGAUGAUUGUGGACUGGCAGUAUGAUUCUUUGCCAAAUCCUCAACACGCUGCAUCCUUUCGAAGCGUGUUUUGGGCGUUUUCACAGUCUGUCCAAGGGUUUAAGCAUUGCAGACCGCUGGUUGUUGUUGACAGCAAACAGUUGAAGGGUAAUUACAAUAUGAAUCUGAUGAUAGCCUCAGGGUUUGAUGCAGCCAACAAAAUUUUCCCGCUUGCCUUUGCGGUUACUAAAGAAGUCUCCACUGAUAGUUGGCGCUGGUUUCUCACUAGAAUCAGAGAGAAGGUAACCCAAAGGAAGGGUCUUUGCCUCAUCACAAGGCACCACCCGGACAUACUCGCUGUUGUUAACGAACAGUGGAAAGAACCCUGGGCUUAUCACAGGUUCUGUCUGACCCAUCUGUCUUCCCAAUUCUCUCGCCUCUUCCCAGACCAACACUUGACAGAGUGCCUUGUGAUGAAGGCUGGGUCGUCCAUUCAGAAGGGAGAGUUUGAUUCCUACAUGAAGGAGAUCAAAGAGAAGAAACCAGAAGGGUGGAAAUGGCUUGAACGAAUCCCUCCGCAUCAGUGGGCUCUGGCUCACGACAGUGGUCUUAGAUACGGAGUCAUGAAGAUAGAUAGAAAAGCUUUGUUUGCAGUUUGUAGAAGCUUUCAGAAAGUUGCAAUGACAGGGGGUGUGAUGCUUCUGUUUAGUGAGAUGAAAGACGCUUUUGACUCGUCGUUUAGCAGUAGCCGUGGCUCUCUCCACCGCGGCGAUCUGUACGCAAAAAACGUCAUGAAAAAAUUUCAAGAGUCUUUGACAGAUUCCUCGGCUUUCGUUGUAAAGCCGUUAGAAAGAGAUGCAUUUCAGGUCUCAGUACCCUUAGAAAAGAAGGAACGCAUGUCCAUGGCCAGGUGGCACUUGUCCGGGAAAUUUAAAGAAUAUAAGGAGGGCAUUGUUCAGUUGAAUGACUCAACCUGCACGUGUGGGAAGUUCCAGAGGAAGAAGUUUCCAUGUCUGCACGCUCUAGCUGUCUGCAAGAAGAUGAAAAUCAACCCUUUGCAGUAUGCGGACGACUGUUACUCUGCUGAACGCUAUUACAAAACUUAUGAGGCUACAUUUUCUCCUGUUCCGGCGAUCUCAGCUUGGCCGGAUGCUUCCGGAGUUCCAACAUUGUUUCCCCCUGUCAUUGCAACACCUCCCCUUAAAGUAUCAGGAAAAGGAAAAGGAAAAGGGAAAGGGAAAGGCAAAAGCAAGGAGCCUCCUAGUGAUGAAGAGUUGAGAAAUGCAAUUCUUGAUAUCUUGAAAGCAAUGGACUUUAAAAAGGCUUCGUUUACUGACAUCGUUAAGCAACUUGCUGACAAGUUUCGAUACGAUCUCACCCCUAGAAAGUCAUCUAUAGAGGUAAUGAUCCAGUAUGAGCUCGAUAAGUAUGCAGCUGAUACCGUAGAGGAGGAGCAAGAGGAUGAAGAUGAAGAUGAAGAUGAAGAUGAAGAAGGGUUGUUGUAGGAGGGAGUAGUAAUGUUCAGAUGAGAAGCUUGUUAGACCGAAGAAGAGGAGCAUCAACAUUAGCUCAUUAGUAUUCAUUUCAUGCCCUUUUUAAAAAAACAAUCUUUUGAUUUUUUGCUUAUCCUUUCUAGUAACUGGUUAAAUAGGUGUUGUGUCAAACUGAACCAGGUUUAGAAUUAAACCAGUAUGACUAUUUUGCGUUGAUGGUUUUACUGUGUUGAUUGCCUAUUUGUUAGUUUAAU